AUGAAAUUUGCCAAAGAGCUGGAGCAGGACCUUGUCCCAGAAUGGCGCAUCAAAUACCUCGACUACAAGGCUGGAAAGAAACAUGUCAAGGCCGCCGCUCGAGCACAAACGCGCAUGAAUGCGACCCCCAAAACUCCCGCACAACCCAACCUCGGCCCUCGAAACCACAGCUUGUACGGAGCAACGUCCCCAGUCGCAGCUCGCAAUAGACCUUCUCCUGCAUCAGCACGAUCUGAUGGCGCGAACGAUGGACCUACUGAGUCACUGCGCACUUCUCCUGCCCCUCUUGCGGCCGACUCAAGACAGCAGUCCGAUAGUUCAGAUGAAGGUCCAUACGCUGGCCCCAAGAAGACCCCUCCUAUGCCAAUACCUGCACAUAACGAUGGCAAUGUCGACGAUGGUAACUACGGAAGCUUUGUGCCAACGCCUCCCGCAAGACCGAAACACAAUUUCGAACUUCCCGACCCUGCACUGGAACCCGCUCCUGGCCGCGAACAUACGGGAUCGUUCUCGCCAAAGGGUGUCCUGAGUCGAAAUCCCUCUGGGAGAGCUGCUUCCGUUGCUAUUCCAGACAAUGCAUACGAGGUUGGACGGACUAUGACACCGCCACAUAAGAACGCCUUUGCAAGUCUAAAGAGCCGCAUACCGCCAAGUGGGAGUGUACGGCCAUUUAUGCGUCGAGUCUUUUCGGUGGGAACGCCAUUGGAGCCCGCACAGAGUCGGAAACUGGACGUGGAUAUGAUUGCAGUGGAUCAGGUCAAGAAGCGACAGAAGGACUUCUUCAAGUUCAUGGACAAGGAAUUGGAGAAGGUUGAAACAUUCUACAGAGCGAAGGAAGAUGAAGCGGGUGCCAGAUUGAAGGUCUUGAGAGAACAACUACACGAGAUGCGAAAUCGAAGAAUUGAGGAGGUUGCUGCAGCACAGCAUGCUAAAGAAGUUCGACGGAGAGAGGAGAACAAGAUCUUUGACUUUCAAGGUGGACGAUUGAGUGGAGUGUCGAAGAAGGACGAUGAUUACCGCCCAACAUCUCGCGACAAGCUUAAUACCUGGUUUGACCCAUUUGAGAAGGCUUUUGGAAAUGCAAAAGCCAAAGUCACUGGUCCUCGUCCGGGAGGAAAUUCCAGAGCCUUGCAGAAUAUGGCUGGGUCACCAGAACUUCGAUCGAGAGCCCAAUUCGACCAAAAUCGUCAAGCAGAUGAGGGUAAAGAUUAUGUCAGACGGCCCCAUUACCACGACGAUGUCCCAUACCGAACUGCUAAACGGAAGUUGAAGCUUGCUCUUCAGGAAUUCUAUCGAGGUAUGGAACUGCUCAAGUCCUAUGCUUUGCUCAACCGCACUGCUUUCCGCAAAAUCAACAAGAAGUAUGAUAAGGCUGUCGAUGCUCAUCCACCGUUGCGGUACAUGUCUGAAAAGGUCAACAAGGCUUGGUUUGUCAACAGCGAUGUGCUCGACUCACAUCUCCAUGCUGUGGAGGAUCUGUACGCUCGAUAUUUCGAGAGAGGCAACCACAAGAUCGCCACUGGCAAGCUGAGAAGCUCGAACGGUCGACGGAAGGACCAAUCAGCAAGUGCUUUCCGCAAUGGUAUGCUCAUUGGAAUCGGUGCAGUGUUCUCGAUCCAGGGGACAAUCUAUGGGUCAGAUCUACUCUAUGAUUCGGACCCUGUCAUCCGGACUCAAACAUCUUAUCUAUUGCAAAUAUACGGAGGAUAUUUCCUGGCACUGUAUCUGUUCUCAUGGUUCUGUCUAGACUGCAGUAUCUGGACCCGAAACAAGAUCAAUUACCAAUUCGUCUUCGAAUUUGAUCCUCGGCAUCAUCUGGACUGGCAACAGCUGUCUGAAUUUCCUUCAUUACUGAUUCUCAUAUGGGGACUAUUUGUUUGGCUUAAUUUCUCUAGGUAUGGUGCACCUGAGAUGUAUAUAUACUACCCUGUGCUUUUGAUCUUCGUCACUGUGGUUUUGAUUUUCUUUCCUGGACCCUACAUAUACCAUCGGAGCCGAAGAUGGUUUGUUUAUUCGCAUUGGCGUUUGCUUCUCGCUGGAUUAUACCCUGUGGAGUUUCGGGAUUUCUUUCUGGGAGAUAUGUACUGCUCCUUGACAUACUUGAUGAGUAACAUAGAACUCUUUUUCUGCCUCUACGCAAAUUACUGGAACAACCCAUCACAGUGUAACUCGACACGCUCCCGACUUCUAGGUUUCUUCUCUACACUUCCUGGAAUCUGGCGAGCCUUGCAAUGUCUUCGACGUUAUUACGAUACGCGGAAUGUCUUUCCACACCUUGUCAAUUGUGGCAAAUAUGGCAUGACCAUAUUGUACUACGUUGCUUUGAGCGUUUAUCGUAUUGAUCGUGGAAAGGGACAUCUUGCGGUGUUCAUAACUUUUGCAACGAUCAAUGCUAUUUACUGCUCUAUCUGGGAUCUCCUGAUGGAUUGGUCUCUCCUCCAACCCCACGCAUCCAAGAAAUUCCUCCGCGACGUCCGCGGAUACAAGAAUCCAAACUACUACUACGCAGCCAUGAUCCUCGAUCCAAUCUUCCGAUUCAACUGGAUCUUCUACGCAAUCUACACCCACAACCUCCAACACAGCACACUCGUCUCCUUCCUCGUCGCCUUCUCGGAAGUCACCAGACGAGGAGUCUGGGUCCUCUUCCGCGUCGAAAACGAACACUGCUCCAACGUCGCCCGCAACAAAGCUUCUCGAGACGUACCCCUCCCAUACUCCAUCGCCUCCGACUCAGAAGAAGAAGGCGCCAUAUCGCAAGAACCCAUCUCAGCUGAAACACCACCUUCACAAGGAGGCUCACCUAUGCUCUCCCGCCAUCGCAGCCGCAUCGGCACUGCGCUCGAAGCACAAGAGAGCAACACCUCGUCUAUGCGUCGUCGUGGCAUGACGCGCACUUUCACCAGAAUUGUGGCAGAUGCGCAUACGCAGGAUUUCGAGAAGAAGCGGAAGCCGGGUGCGGGGGAUAGUGAUAAUGUUAAUAAUCGAAAGAGGGAUGGUGAGGAUCGGGAUGGGGAGGAGCAGGUGGGGAGUAGUGAUGAUGACGAUGAUGAUGAUGAUGAUGAUACGCAGGAUGUGCUUGAUGCUGAGGCGUUGUUGAGGGAGAGGAGGAGGAGGAGUGGGCAGGUUGGUGAGGGGUCUGGAUAG